AUGGAGGUCGAUAAUCGGAACGAUGGAGAAAGCGUGGAUGGCUCUAUGGAGGACGAUGGGACGACCUCUGAUCACGAUGAUACUCCUUACCUCGACGAUCACCCGUCCGCAUCUAAUAAAGCAUACGUCUGGGACGAGAACUACAAAGAGCCGGAUGCAGCGCCAGUUGAUGAUGAGUAUUCGGCUGAUAAUGAAAUCCAGGAUAAUGCUGAUGCCGAUGAUCAAUUGCCAUUCGUACCGCCUUCACAACGGGAAGAUGCUCCAUUGGCUGCUAUUUUGAAUCCAAGACUAGAUGAAGUUGACCCCCGGUUUGAAUCGGAAAUCUGGUGGCCCAGCAAGUCGUUUCUUUGGAGAAACCUCUCGGCCGAGGAACGAAAACGACACCACGAGGCACAGAAUGCCAAAAAUGAGGCUAUCCAACGUGGUGAGCUUCGCCAGACCUCGUCACUCCACCAAUUAAACAUUUGCGAGCCACCAUUCAAUCAGGACGAGUAUCAGAUGGACCAAGAGCUACUUUUACUCCGUCCUAUCAACGAACAACCAAAGGAUCGAGGAAAGAAGAAAAAUGAUGAAGAAGAGACUGAGAUAGCGCCUUGGCGGCUGGGUCCUGCCAAAUCGUUGUAUGAUUCGCUGAACGUGCCAAUGACAGCGACCGGCGUCAACUACGGCCUAAAGCACACGGAGCAGGCCAAGAAAAAGAAGAAGCCGGAUCGCCAGCUUUCGGCACAUGAAGCGACCCAAUUUCUGCCAGUCAACCUGAUGAAAUGGGAAGACGAUAUUGUGAUGGAUGACGAUCAAGUGAGGAAAGAGUUGGCCGACAGCCUAAAGAGUGGCAAGCAACCCCUCGGCGGCUGGUUCCCCACCCAACACACCAGAACCUUUGAAAGCUUCAUGAUGGCUUUGAAACAAAAUUACCUGCCGACGCUGUUCUCGACCAACCCGGCGCAGCCAAAGACAUUGCUGCAAGACAUCGACCUGAUCACCGAGCCAACGCCCACCCAUUCCAUCUAUCCGCUGGAAUUCACUGAGCAAUUGUCGACACCAUGGGAGCAGGACAUUAUCAUCGACCCGUCUGCCAUGCAGAAGCCGCCUGAGCCAAAGAUUUUCACCCUGGACAUCAAUGAUGAUCCAUCGAUCUUUGGAAUGCCAGAUGACUAUGAUGCUGGCGACGGCGGCUCGAACGGGUUCGAUAAGAAGGACAAUGCCUUUACCAAAAAGUCGAAAAUGAUCUUGAACCAAGUGCAGCAGCGGCAGAAGCAGGAGGAGGACGAACAAUUGGAGUCACAAAUGCUCCGCAAUUCCGACGUGGACCCCUUCAAUUUGAGCCGUGAUGCUUACUAUAUGCCCAAGAAUUCUGCAAAGACCGGACCGAAUCUGAGCGCCGCCCAGCUGCUGCACUCGAUCCCCGCGCAAAAUUUGUACCGGCCGUUCUUCCCGACGCACCUCGGCAUUUCGAAGCUGCGCCGUUGGCAUCGACCGCACCUCAACCGGAGGAUCGUUCGAAACGUCGGAAGUCAAUUCACGGCCAUUCAGCCACUUACCGACCACAUUCGCCAAAUGGGCGAGAUGCGUAAGCUACGCAGACAGGCCGACUGUGGCGUCGAAACAUUCGCCAUGCGCGAAGUCAAGGAUCUCUCCGGACGAGACGGUGAUCUUUUCCUGCUGGAAUAUGCCGAAGAGCAUCCGCCGCUUCUUUCCCAGCCCGGCAUGGCCAGUCGUCUCCGAAAUUACUACAAGCGGAAAACCGGAAAAGAAGCGGAGCCAGACUUUGAGUAUGGCGAGACGGCGUUCACCCACAAUAUCCCGUUCCUUGGUGUACUCCAACCGGGACAGGGUUUGCAGAGCAUCGAAAAUCAUCUAUUUCGGGCUCCGAUCUAUCGACACCAGUCCCGUCGUAACGACUAUCUGCUCAUUCACCAGAACGCAAGCUGGCAUAUUCGUCGUUUGCCGCCGACAUUCGUCGUCGGACAACUGUGUCCGCUCUACGAGGUGCCGAACCCCAAUUCGAAAGCCAGCAACCAAUUCGUCCGCGACUCCCUGCUGGCGAACAUCUAUCGACUCUUCUGGCAAUCCAACGAGGAACCACGUCGCCUGAAAAUGGAAGAUCUGCGCGCCGCAUACCCUCACUUUAACGAGGGCACCCUGCGGAAGCGCCUGAAGGCUUGUUCCGAGUUUCGCCGCACCGGCCCGGGUCCCGAAAACACGUGCUGGAUCCUACGCCCCGACUUCCGGUUGCCUCCAAAAGAGGAAGUGAUGGCUCUGGUGACGCCGGAGAUGUGCUGUGCCCAAUACAGCAUGUUGGCCGCCGAGCAAAGGCUAAAGGAUGCCGGUUAUGGUGAGCGCUAUUUCUUUACACCGGAGAAUGAUGAUGACUCGAAUGACGAGGUGACGCUCGAGGACGAGAUCAAGGCGGCGCCCUGGAAUACGACGCGGGCCUUCUUGUCAGCCCUACGUGGAAAGUGCCUGCUCGAUCAGACUGGAGUCGCUGAUCCGACCGGCUGUGGCCUGGGCUUUUCCUAUGUUCGCGUGUCCACGAAGCCUCCGAAAGAAGAAGGGCCAACCGUGCCGAAAAAAAUUGGUCACUGGCACGAACGCCGAUCUGCGCAAAUAAGCGCGUUGACUCGUUGGGAGAUCAUCGACGUCAUCCGUACCCUGUCGACACAAGCGGCCAAAGUCAGCGGCACCGGAGAGAACAAAGAGAUGUCCGGGAUGGCUCGCUUUGCCCGCGGAAAUAUUCGAGUGAAUAUGGCUGAUUUACAAGAGAAGGGCAAGAAGCAUUCCCAACGGAUCUUCGACCUUCAGAAUGCGGCCCUCGGAAAUCCGGACGAGCUAUCGACAGAUGAAGGAAGUGGCGAUGAUCAUUCUGACAACGAAUUCAUGGCCGCCAAGCUGGAGACGAUGAUGCGCGAUGCGAAAAAUCGCACGAACAAAGAGCUCGACGAGCAGCGCAAGCAGUUCGAAGAGGAGGAGAAAGAACUUCAAGACCUUCGCAAGAUGAUGCUCCAGAGUGAUGGGGAAGCCAAGAAAAUGAGUGCUGAAGACGCCGCUGCCAAAGAGAAGAAUGUGGUGGCACGUAUGGGCGAAGAAUUGGUGGAAAGUGCCUCGAAACUCGGCGGGAUCACGGGCAACAAAAAGCUCAAGAUUUACCGUACGCUGCGAGAUGAGGAUGGCAACGUUACGGUUCGAACCGAGGUGGUGACUCGACCGCAGCUCGUCGAAGCCUAUCUGCAGAUACGCUCCACCAGAAACGACGAUUUCAUCAAGGUCUUUGCCCACAUGGACGAGCAGUUCAAGGAGGAACGCCGCAAAGAGCGCCGUCGCCUUCAAGACCAACUGCGCCGCCUGAAGCGUCAUCAGACCGAUGUGAAAGUUCUGCCCAAGAAAGAAAAGCCCAACAAGGCCAACCUGAAGGUGCGAUGCUCAGCCUGCAACCAGACGGGGCACAUGAAGACGAACAGGAACUGCCCGUACUUUGGCAGAAGUACGCCGCCACCCAAAUUCCCAACCGAUGAUGAGGCUUCAAUGAGUGGUGCUGAUGUGUCAUUGCCUGGAUAUUCUGGCGAGAGUCUCGUUGAAAUGGACGGCACCAAGAUCCGCAUCAAGAAGGGCCUGUUCCCCGAGAAGAAGAUCAAAACUGAGGAUUCAUCGCACUUGGACACGAGCAUGUCGCUGGAUCAAUUUGCUCUCACCGAUGGCUAUGAGAGCAGCGACGGCGAGAUGUCACGUAGUUCGAUGAAAUGGGGUGGAAAGCGACGACCCUCUUCUGCAAUCAUCGAUGAGACAGACUAUCUUCAGGGCCCCAUCAAGAAUAUUCAGCGUUCGCGUGGCGACCCCAAGAUUACCAUGGGCACACUGCUGAGCGAGAUUGUCAACGAGCUUCGCCAGGUUCCCGGCUCCGAGCCCCUUCUCAAACCCGUCAACGCCAAGCUGGUUACCGACUACUACCAAUUGGUGAAGAAUCCGAUGGAUUUGCAGCAAAUCAAGCAAAAGAUCCAAGACAACAAAUAUGAGCUUCGAAUGGACUUCCUUGGCGACGUGAAGCGCAUCUUAGACAAUUCAAUCCUCUACAAUGGCAUCAAUCAUAAUAUAACAAUGAUUGCGCAAAAGAUGUUCGAAAUUGCCGGAAAACGAGUGGUAGAGAAGGAGCACCGGCUGUUGCAGCUCGAAAAACAGAUCAACCCGCUGCUGGAUGAUAACGAUCGCGUCGGUUUCUCGUACAUCCUGAAUGAGAUCGUGGAAAAGUUGCGGAACAUCCCGAAGAGCGGCCCCUUCCACGCCGCCGUCGACGCGAAGAAGGUUCCUCGUUAUUAUCUGACGGUGAAACGACCGAUGGAUUUGGGCAAGAUUCAAGCAAAGGCCAAAGCACACAAAUACGUGCUCGUUAAACAAUUCAUCGAAGAUCUCGAGCUCCUCCACGCCAACUCUAAGGCAUUCAACGGCGAACACUCGGUGUACACGCUGAAGGCCGAUGAGCUGGUGAAAAUGGGGCAGCAUCUCCUUGACGAAAAGGCUGAACAAUUGCGGGAGCUGGAGUACAGUAUCCAUUCGGACGGCCUGGUGACGGUGGACGAGGAGGAGAUGGACGAUGAUGCUUUUGAAGACGAGAUGAUGUCUCCGGGCGGCAUUGAGGGGCCGGCAGGUGACAUGCACGCGGCGGCUGAUCCGGAUGCUUCGAAUAGUAAUAUGGACGCCUACAUGGACGAGGACUCGCAGAACCCAAGUAGCGGCCAGCAACCAACGACUUCCGGCGCUCGCCUUGUCGAAUAUGAUGACUAUGAGGAUACGAUGGAUGCGCCGCAAUUGGACGAAGAGGAAAUCACUCGUCGCCUGCUCGCCUCGGAGAUGCACUCGGCCGGCCAACUGAACGCCGACCUGGAGCUGUCCGAUUCUUCCGAAGAUGAGAGCCUCGCCGGCGCCAAGCGUCCCCGUUUCGAGGAGGAUGACCCCACCGAAUUC